GCGCUUCUUUCAUCCCAAUGGGCAAUUGCAGUCGGUGUAUCAGUAUUUGACGGCUCAAAUCCCGCUACCGAGACAAUGGGUACGAUGGGCUAUUAACAAUGGUGUUAGCCAGGUACCAGGACGUGGAGACAUUCGCGAGCCUGGUAAUUAUAUUGCGGAUGACACAUUCGACUACGAUGCCCUAUUUGAGGCUAUUCAUCGUGGAACCUUCCGGACUGGCCGACUUGAGAUCGACGGGUAUGGCGAGUACUGGCCUAUGGUGCGAGGACAUGAAGAUAGUAUGACGGUGGAUCUGACUUUGCAUCACUUCUCGGCACAUCUAUCGCCGCGCCAGGGUACUGGUUUAGAUAAACUGAAAGGACGGCAAUCGGAUGCGCCGCCCUUAGAGACUGCCCAUAUACUCGAGGCAGUAACGUCACCUACCUUCCAUGCCGAGCAGUCAUAGAUUCGGCCUGGAUCUAUGGUGUGUUACAUAAACAUUGCCUAUUACUUGGGAUCUCAGGGCUUGGCCCCACAUUUAGAAACCUUUCCCAAUACAACAUCGUUUACC